GAAAGGGGCCGGGAGGAGCAGGCGGAGCUGUUGCGGGAGUUGCUGGGAGUGCGCGCGGUCUGAUCACACGCGGCGGCGGCGGCGGCGGCGGCGGCGGCCCUGAGACUUGAUCGCUGAGACCUCAGCCGGCGGCCUACGCCCAGCCCUUUCUCCACUGGAGGACUAGGAAACCGCAGUCUUCAUCACAGAGGUACGGUGCUCCGCGCUCCCCGCCAGGUCCAGCCCAGCCCUCUGCGGCGGCGCCUCCUUCCUCCUUCCUUCUCUUUCUCUGUCGCCCGCGCCUUCCCGGCCAGCCUGCGUCAUCGCGGCCGCCAUGGCUGAGAACGGAGAGAGCAGUGGCCCCCCGCGCCCCUCCCCCGGCCCUGCUGCGGCCCAAGGCUCAGCCGCCGCCGCAGCUGAGCCCAAAAUCAUCAAAGUCACUGUGAAGACCCCGAAAGAGAAAGAGGAAUUCGCAGUGCCCGAGAAUAGCUCGGUCCUGCAGUUUAAGGAAGCGAUUUCGAAACGCUUCAAAUCCCAAACCGAUCAGCUAGUGCUCAUUUUUGCCGGAAAAAUCUUAAAAGAUCAAGAUACUUUGAUCCAGCACGGCAUACAUGAUGGACUGACCGUUCACCUUGUUAUCAAAAGCCAGAACCGACCUCAGAGCCAGUCCACGCAGCCUAGCAAUGCCGCGGGAACUAACACUACCUCGGCGUCAACUCCCAGGAGUAACUCCACACCUAUUUCCACAAAUACCAACCCGUUUGGCUUGGGGAGCCUGGGAGGACUUGCAGGCCUUAGCAGCUUGGGCUUGAGCUCUACCAACUUCUCUGAGCUCCAGAGUCAGAUGCAGCAGCAGCUCAUGGCCAGCCCUGAGAUGAUGAUUCAAAUUAUGGAAAAUCCCUUUGUUCAGAGCAUGCUUUCGAAUCCCGAUCUGAUGAGGCAGCUCAUUAUGGCCAAUCCACAGAUGCAACAAUUGAUUCAGAGAAACCCAGAAAUCAGUCACCUGCUCAACAACCCAGAUAUAAUGAGACAGACCCUUGAAAUUGCCAGGAAUCCAGCCAUGAUGCAAGAGAUGAUGAGAAAUCAAGACCUGGCUCUUAGCAAUCUUGAAAGCAUCCCAGGGGGCUAUAAUGCUUUACGGCGCAUGUACACUGACAUUCAAGAACCGAUGCUGAAUGCCGCACAAGAGCAGUUUGGGGGUAAUCCAUUUGCCUCAGUGGGGAGCAGUUCCUCCUCCGGGGAAGGUACACAGCCUUCCCGUACAGAAAAUCGAGAUCCACUACCCAAUCCAUGGGCACCUCCACCAGCUACACAGAGUUCUACGACCACCAGCACGACCACAUGUAGUGGUGGAGGCUCUGGCACUAGCUCCAGCAAUACUACUGGGAACACUGUGGCUGCGGCUAAUUAUGUUGCCAGUAUCUUCAGUACCCCAGGAAUGCAGAGCCUGCUACAACAGAUAACUGAAAACCCCCAGCUGAUUCAGAAUAUGCUGUCUGCGCCCUACAUGAGAAGCAUGAUGCAGUCACUGAGCCAGAAUCCAGAUUUGGCUGCACAGAUGAUGCUGAAUAGCCCGCUGUUUACUGCAAAUCCUCAGCUGCAGGAGCAGAUGCGUCCACAGCUCCCGGCUUUCCUGCAGCAGAUGCAGAAUCCAGACACACUAUCAGCCAUGUCAAACCCAAGAGCAAUGCAAGCUUUAAUGCAGAUCCAGCAGGGGCUACAGACAUUAGCCACUGAGGCACCUGGCCUCAUUCCAAGUUUCACUCCAGGUGUGGGUGUGGGGGUGCUGGGAACCGCCAUAGGCCCUGUAGGCCCAGUUACUCCCAUAGGCCCAAUAGGCCCUAUAGUCCCUUUUACCCCCAUAGGCCCCAUUGGGCCCUUAGGACCUACUGGCCCAGCAGGUCCCCCUGGCUCCACCAGCUCUGGUGGGCCCACUGGGCCUACUGUGUCCAGCUCUGCACCCAGUGAAACCACGAGUCCAACAUCAGAAUCUGGACCCAACCAGCAGUUCAUUCAGCAGAUGGUGCAGGCUCUGGCUGGAGCAAAUCCUCCACAGCUGCCAAAUCCAGAAGUCCGGUUUCAGCAACAACUGGAACAACUCAACGCAAUGGGGUUCUUAAACCGUGAAGCAAACUUGCAGGCUCUAAUAGCAACAGGAGGUGACAUCAAUGCAGCCAUUGAGAGGCUGCUGGGCUCCCAGCCAUCGUAAUUACAUUUCUGUACCUUAAAAAAAUGUAUCUUAUUUUUGAUAAUGGCUCUUAAUCUUGAAACACAGAAAAUAGUGCUUUACUUUCAUUUUGAUUCUUUUAAAUCUGUCUAGUUAUAAAUCUAAUACGAUGCAUCGUAAGGUGGAGGCCUUCCUCCUGCCUUCCUUUCUCCCUCCUCCUUUUGCCCUUUUUGUCCCUCUCUCCAUACCUCCUGUCUCCUUUCCUUCCUCCCUCUUUGUUUCCUUCCUUACUUUCUUCUUUUCCUUUAGCUUUCUUCCUUCUCCGUUUUGAAUGAUGAAAAUUAAUUUUGUUUCACUUAAAGGUGUUGCAUGCAUACAUUUCUGUUUAUUCUGCUUUUAUUGUGAUUUUUGGAAACAGGUAUCAUCUUUCACAGUUGGGUGAACAAGUUUUGUCCUACAGAUGUCCAAUUUAUUUGCAUUUUAAACAUUAGCCUAUGAUAGUAAUUUAAUGUAGAAUGAAGAUAUUAAAAACAAACGAAUUAUUUGAAGCUCUCUAAUUUGUGGUACAAUAUUGCUUAUUGUGACUUUGGCAUGUAUUUUUGCUAGCAAAAUGCUGUAAGAUUUAUAAUAUUCAUUGAUCUUUUUUGCUAUAUUUAUACACAUUACAUACAGUAAGCACAAUCGGAACUAUACAUCCCCAAAAUACUAUAAUAGAAUCUCUGAGCAUAUUAUCUGUAAUCAAAAUGAGAACAAGUACAAGAAAUAUUUCUGCAGCUAGGUGUGUCUCAAAAUUUUGUAGAAUCUUACAGCAUCUUUGAUAAACUCAGUGAAAAUGUUGGCUAGGAAAGUUCAGUUAAAACAUAGUAGAAAUGUUUAUCCUGGUAUCUCUAAGUAUACAUUUAAUUGUACAGAAAAUUUACAGUGUAAUGUUGUGUCAACAUUUGCAGAUUGACUGUAUGUAUAUUACCUUAAUCUUUGUGCAGCCUGAAGGAUCAGUGUAGUAAUGCCAGGAAAGUGCUUUUUACCUAAGACUUCCUUUUCAACUUCUUCCAAAAAGAGACCCUAAUAUGCAUUUUGAUUUGAAAUUGGAAAUGUAACUUUCACUGAAAGUGUCAUGUGAUGUUUGCAUUACUUUUAACUGCUAUGUAUAAAGAAAAAUGUAUCUUUUGACUUCAUCAGUUACUUCUCUUGUGCACAGGGAAAAAUACAUUAAAAAUGGCUAAAAAAAAUAAAAAAUUUAAAAAUGGA